CACAGGCCACAGUAUGCCAAAGUUAGCCAAAGGGAACGGCAUAGACAAUGGCCGCAGCAGUCUCCGAUGAUUUUGCCAAGAAGUGCGAGCUGCAGCACAACGACACGCUGGGCAGAUUUGUGGUUGCCCGUUGUAGUCUCAGCGCUGGAGAAACGGUGCUCCAGGAGCAGCCCAUUGUCAUCCUGCCGCACAUUGGCGACCGACGCUGUGCCAAGUGCUUCAAGCUAACCGAAACUUUCUGCAGCCAGUGUCGACUCCUGGCCCUGUGCGAGGACUGUGCGGGCCACGAUGAGCGCGACUGCCAGCGACUGCGGGAGCUGCAGCUGUCCGAGGAGCAAGUGCAGCUGCUGCAGGCGAAGGUCAAUGCAGAAGUGCAGCCAGCACUCGCGUGUCUGCUGCUGGGGGAGCACGAGCACAGCAGGCCGCUGUACGAGGAAAUGUCCCAGAUGGAGACGCAUUUGGAGGAGCGGCGAGGCACGGACAUAUGGAAGAGCCAUCAGACGCAUGCCUACGCACCGCUCGAGGCGACGGGUGUGCUGAAGCAGCUGCAGGCAGUGGAUGAAGUCCUGGUGCAGCGGCUCUUGGGCAUACUGGAUGUCAACGUGUACGAGAUUCGCGCGCCGGAAUACGGCGGCGCCAUGAGGGGACUGUACCGCAGAGCGGCUCUCUUCGCGCACAGCUGCCUGCCCAACCUGGAGACGGCCAUCGAUGAUGAGCGGCGCAUCAAGGUCUUUGCAAAUCGUCCCAUAGCUGCCGGGGAAACUCUCUACAUCUGCUACACCAGCGUGCUGCUGGGCACCGAGGAGCGGCGACACAUUCUGAGGACGGGCAAGUGCUUCGAUUGUAGUUGUGCACGCUGUCAGGAUCCCACCGAGCUGGGCACCCACAUGAGCAGCUUCAUCUGCAAUGCCUGUGCCUGCACCGGUGGUUACGUAGUGCGACAGCCGGAAACGGGCAUCUGGCAGUGCCUGCUCAACCCGGAGCACAAACUGAAGCCGGAGUUUGUGUGCAACAUGUUGGAGCGGGCCAAGGAGGAGAUCUUUCAUGCACGCGGCGACAUCUAUCGGCUGGAGCUGCUGCUGGUCAAGAUGAGCCGCCUGCUCCAUGGCAACCACUACCUGAUGCUGGACCUCAAGCAGAACAUUGCCUCGAUCCUCCGUCAGAUACUCCAGAAUAUGGCCCAUUGUCCCAACAGGAAGGUUUACGAGCGCAAAAUUCGCGUGUGCCAGGAGCUCUUGCUGGUGCUGAAGGUUGUGGCGCCGGGCAUUUCCCGCCUAAAGGCCAUUGCCCUCUACGAGCUGGCCAACACGCAGGCGGAAUUGGCCCGGAAGCUCUACAGUGAGCAGGAGCACAGCUCCAGGGAGCUGCUGGCGGAACUCAAUCAGACUGAGAUUAUGAUGCGAGAGGCACUGCGAAUGCUGCUGUUCGAGCCCGUGGCCACUCCAGAGGGACAAAUGUCGCGCAGCAUGCUGCGGGAGCUGAAGGAGCUGCAGAACGACAUCAAACUGUUGCAGGAAUCAAGCGAUGAUGUAGUAAACUAAUAACAAUUGUUGUAGUGGCAGUU